GGCCGAUGGUCCCUGGCUGGGGUGGCGGUGGCUCUGAGACUUGAGGAAGAGGCCUGCGAGAGAGGCGGGCCGCGAUGCCUUCCCAGCGGCGGGUCAGUCAGCUCCUGGAACUGUGCCUUUGGUGCUUCAUGGAGAACAUUUCCAGAUACAUCACAGACAUUAAGCCUUUGCCUCCCAACAUAAAAGAUAGGCUGAUUAAGAUAAUGAGUACACAAGGGCGGAUAACAGAUUCCAAUAUAAGUGAGAUUUUACAUCCUGAAGUGCAAAUCCUAGAUCUCCGGAGCUGUGAUAUCUCAGAUGUUGCUCUCCAACAUGUGUGUACCUGCAAAAAACUGAAGGCAUUAAAUUUAAAUUCCUCACAGGAAAACAGAGUUUCCAUAACUUCUGAAGAGAUGUUAUGGAUAAAGCCUGUCCUUUUAAUCCCUGGUGACAGCUGGGGAGAAAAAGUGGACUCAGAGACUGGGGUUUCAGAGGAGGUGUUUAAAGUGACAAAGAGACAAAUGGAGGAGAUUCACAUGGGGCACUGUGUCAAUCUGACGGAUGAUGCUGUGGAAGCUGUUCUUACCUACUGCCCCCAGAUAUGCAUAUUGUGCUUCCAUGGAUGCCCCCUGAUAACAGAUCAUUCACGAGAAGUCUUGGACCAGUUAGUAGGCCCAAACAAACUAAAGCAAGUAUCGUGGACUGUGUACUGAGGUUAUGGAAAUUUGUCAAACAAUGAAAGCUGGACUCUGCUUUCCAGAUAGGGUCAAUAGAUAUCUGCUGCCCACUUAAUUUAGCAUUACUUCGUGACUAUUGUGUUAUUUAAGCUAUGCUCUCAGAGAGUAGACUAAAUCCCCAUGAAUGUAGUUUGUGCUGUAAAGCUAGCCAGAUUCCUAAACAUGUUACUACGACUCUGAGUCUGUAUUUGUUUGAUAAGUAUUUGUUUAUAAAAUGCUAAUCCUGAUAUGAACUCAGGCAGAGAAAGAGACUGUUUUGUGAAGUAAGUUUCAAAUGAUGUUUUCCCUUGAAAUACCCUCCUCUGUAGGUAUUAGAGCUGUUCUGAGAUAUUAACUAGUACAAAUAAACCUUAGAACUCUUUGAAGUAAA